AUGGAGAAAAUUCUCAUAUCUGAUGAUCGUUAUGGACCAAAGACAAGUCAUCUUGAAGAUGACGAUCUUAUUGAUCGUUUAAAUAAUAGAAUUACAGUUUUGGGAUUAAUUAUGUGUAUUUUUAUCAUUACGGGAGGUGUUUUAGUCGGUAAACCAAUUAAUUGUUGGACACCAGGCAUGUUUACUGAAUUCAAAGGGCAACAUGACGGUUAUGCGAACAGUAUUUGUUGGCUGAAAGGGUCUUAUUAUCUUCCAACAGAAGAAAUUAUUAUACCUGAUCGAUCGAAACCUCGAACUUACUUUGUUUCCUAUUAUCAAUGGACAGCAUUUAUUCUACUUUUUAUGGCUAUGUUCUUUCUUUUACCUCGAUACAUAUGGCAUACAUUCACGAGACAAGGGGGUCUCAAUAUUCAACGACUUAUAAAAACUAUUAAAGAGCAACCAGAUGCUGACAAAGGUGUGGAAUCAGUACAAAAAUCAAUAAAAUCCUAUCUCGAUGCACAAAAUAUGGGAGGAGGAGAAAUAUGCUGUGGUUGUCGCUGCUCUAAUUUUUAUGUUGGAUAUACAUUAAUGUAUUUUUUAGUAAAGAUUCUUUAUGUUGUCAAUACUCUGACUCAAUUUUUCUUAUUAAAUGCAUUUUUAUCGUUUAAUUUUACUAGCUUUGGUCCUGAAGGAGUACAUAAAUUAUUGAGUGACGGUGAUUGGUUUGAAUCACCAAGAUUUCCUCGUGUUACUAUGUGUGAUUUCAUGGUACGACGUUUAGGUUCAAAUCAACAUUGGUAUGCCAUACAAUGUAAUUUGCCAAUUAAUAUGUUUAAUGAAAAGAUAUUUCUUGGUAUUUGGCUAUGGUUAAUAAUUUUAACAAUAUUAAAUUUUUUAUCAAUCUUUCCUUGGAUAAUAUUAUUGACAAGAAGUCAACGAUUAGCAACAAUUAGAAAAUAUUUAAGAAUGAAUAAGAUAUCAUCAGAAAAACAAAACAACUUUUCAUCAUCAACAACAAUGCCACGAUAUCGAAGUAACAAAUUUGAUGAAUUUAUAGAUUAUUUGCGUUUGGAUGGAUUUCUAAUAUUUUAUAUAAUUGCACGUAAUACAGAUGAUAUUGUUGCUGGAAAAAUAAUUGAUUAUUUGUAUAAAGCUUAUGAACCACCUACUCCGGAUUUUAUGAGCAAUGUUUGA